AUGGCUGAGCCACUCUCAAUCGCAUCAGGGAUUGCCGGGCUGCUUUCGCUUGGUAUUCAGGUCACCCAAUCUUUGGUCAGCUUUUACACUACAUAUAAGGACCAAGACAGCGAUCUGGCAAAGGUUACGCAGAAUCUCGAUAACCUUCAGAGCAUCUUUCGAGUCCUUCUUGUUGCAGUAGAGGAACGCCGAUCGCAGGUCGACACGCAAGAUCUACUCCGAGAAGUCGAGAAGGCGGUACAGAAAUGCGAGGAAAUCAUCGCCGACCUGCAGAGCGAGUGUGAUAAAUUCCACAAAGACUCGGCCGCUAGUUUAAAGGAUCGCGUUAAGACUGCUGGGCGUCGCGCGGCCUAUCCAUUUCGGAAAAGUACCCUGCAGAAACUUGAAGAGGAUGUCAGCGACAUACGUGAAAACCUAUCAUUCGCACUUGACGUCCUGCAGCUUAAAAGUCAGAGUCAAAUCCAAGCUAGCAUAUCGGACGUCAAAUCACUUGUUGAGCGAACAAAUGCUAGUCAAGUCUCACUCACGAUUCGUUACUGGCUCAUGGCACCGGAUGCAUCUCUCAACCACAACACAAUGUGCGCGAAAUGCCAUCCAAGCACAGGUUUAUGGUUCGUCAACGGCCAUCAAUUCCGGACUUGGCUAGAGGAACACAAUUCCUUCCUAUGGCUGAAUGGGUUCGCAGGGUGUGGCAAGUCGGUCCUCUGCUCAACCGCAAUUCAGUAUACGUUUCGUGAGAUGCGGCAUAAACAUGGAGUAGGAAUCGCGUUUUUCUACUUUUCCUUUAGCGACGAGACAAAACAAGAUGAUAACGGCAUGCUACGCACAUUGCUAUUACAGCUAUCGGUACAGCUACCUGACGGCGAGAGAGAUCUAGAGCAACUACAUGCAUUGUACAAAUCCGGUUCUCCCCCAGUCGAUGUGCUGCUGGACUCACUACGACGCUUCCUUGGACGACUCCGCGAUACUUAUAUUCUACUCGAUGCGCUAGAUGAGAGCCCCCGAGACAGCAAAAGGGAAGGUGUCUUAAGAGCGAUACAACUGAUACGCAGUUGGUCAAUACCUGGUGUCCAUCUUUUAGUGACGAGUCGCAAUGAGCUCGAUAUACGGGAAUCUUUAGAUCCUUCUCGUGACCAAAGCCUUGGGCUUAGAAAUUCGGAAGUCGAUGGAGACAUAGCAAACUUUGUCUCUUAUCAGCUCAAGAACGACGCGAAACUCCGAAAGUGGACAGCUCGCCACGACGAGAUCCAGGCAAAACUAACAACAGGUGCACAAGGAGUAUUCAGAUAUGUUGAAUGCCAGUUUAACGCCCUUCGGCGGGCGCGGAACCGGAACCAGCUCGAUGAAUGCCUGCGCACGUUACCCCGUGAUCUAGACGAAACGUACGAGCGCAUCUUGUGCAGUAUUGCAGAUGAAUAUGUUGAGGAUGUGCGGCGAGUUUUGACUCUGCUGUGCUUCUCCACCCGACCGCUCACGGUCACUGAGCUGAUCGACGCUCACGCUGUUGAUCUAAAUGAGCCACCGCAGCUUGAUCGUGACGGUCGUUCGUACGAGCAAGAUGAUCUUGUCGACAUUUGCCUCGGUCUUAUCGAGAUCGCGGCCACGGAAGACGAGAAUGGGCAAACGACCUUGACUGCUCGCAUAGCGCAUUUCUCUGUCCAGGAGUAUCUUCAGUCAGAUCGCAUUUUACAACAAAGCUCAAGAAUAUUCGCUUUACGAAGUGCGCCCGCGAAUACGGAAAUAGCCCAGAUAUGCCUGGUCUACCUCUUGGAGCAACCUCUCUCUACCGGAACGUUGGAUGAGGCAAAGCUUACAGCUUUCCCAUUUGCUCAUUUCGCGGCCCUGCAUUGGUUUCAUCAUUAUGAAGAUUCCAAGGAAGGGAAGGCCGCAAUCGAACAACUAGUAUCGAAGCUUUUCAAAGAGGAGACGGCUUUUGUGACAUGGAUAAAGCUCCAUGACAUAGACUGUCCGUGGGACUUAGAUGUGAACUAUAUCCGUCCUAUUCCAGAUAUGGCAUUGCCUCUGUACUACGCAGCAUUGUUGGGAUUAGAAUCCGUCAUGCACAGUGUCUUACCAGUUAAAACAAGGGAUGCUGACGCAUCAGACGCAGUGAAUGCUCAAGGCGGGCGGCUCGGCAAUGCCCUGCAGGCCGCAUCGUCCGGAGGCCACCAGAGGGUAGUGCAGAGGCUACUAGAUCAAGGUGCCGACGUCAACGCCCAAGGUGGAAUGUAUAACAAUGCACUCCAGGCCGCAUCGUUCAAAGGCCACGAGAGGGUAGUGCAGAGGCUACUAGAUCAAGGUGCCGACGUCAACGCCCAAGGUGGAUGGUAUGGCAAUGCAAUCCAGGCUGCAUCAUCCGAAGGCCACGAGAGAGUAGUGCAGAUGCUGUUGGAUCGAGGUGCCGAUAUCAACGCUAAAGGUGGAGCGUACAACAAUGCACUCCAGGCCGCAUCGUUCAAAGGCCACCAGGGGGUAGUGCAGAGGCUACUAGAUCAAGGUGCCGACGUCAACGCCCAAGGUGGAGCGUAUAGUAAUGCACUCCAGGCCGCAUCGUCCGGAGGCCACCAGAGGGUAGUGCAGAGGCUACUAGAUCAAGGUGCCGACGUCAACGCCCAAGGUGGAGCGUAUAGUAAUGCACUCCAGGCCGCAUCGUCCGGAGGCCACCAGAGGGUAGUGCAGAGGCUACUAGAUCAAGGUGCCGACGUCAACGCCCAAGGUGGAAUGUAUAACAAUGCACUCCAGGCCGCAUCGUCCGAAGGCCACGAGAGGGUAGUGCAGAUGCUGUUGGAUCGAGGUGCCGACGUCAACGCUAAAGGUGGAAGGUAUGGCAAUGCACUCCAGGCCGCAUCGUCCGGAGGCCACCAGGGGGUAGUGCAGAUACUAUUGGAUCGAGGUGCCGAUAUCAACGCUAAAGGUGGAAGGUAUGGCAAUGUACUCCAGGCCGCAUCGUCCGAAGGCCACGAGAGGGUAGUGCAGAUACUAUUGGAUCGAGGUGCCGAUAUUAACGCCCAAGGUGGAAGGUAUGGCAAUGCACUCCAGGCCGCAUCGUCCGGAGGCCACCAGGGGGUAGUGCAGAGGCUACUAGAUCAAGGUGCCGACGUCAACGCCCUAGGUGGAGUGUAUAGUAAUGCACUCCAGGCCGCAUCGUUCGGAGGCCACGAGAGGGUAGUGCAGAUACUAUUAGAUCGAGGUGCCGACAUCAACGCCCUAGGUGGAAUGCAUGGUAAUGCACUCCAGGCCGCAUCAUCCGGAGGCCACGAGAGAGUAGUGCAGAUGCUAUUGGAUCGAGGUGCCGACAUCAACGCCCAAGGUGGAAGGUAUGGCAAUGCACUCCAGGCCGCAUCUUCGAGAGGCCAUGAAAAGGUAGUGCAGAUGCUAGUGGACAGAGGAGCCGGCCCAGAUGUCAGAGAUUCUACACAUGGGUACACACCACUGUCACUGGCAGCUAUGAACGGGCACCAUGGUAUCGCAAAGCUCUUGCUCAGUAUCGAGAAAGUUAGGGCAGAUGUGAAAGAUAAUUGUGGUCGGGCGCCAUUGUUCUUUGCAGCCUUAUACGGACAUGACACUGUUGUCAACGCAAUUCUGAUCGAUGAUGCUGUUGAUCCGGACCAGAAAGAUCAUUAUGGCUCAACGCCACUAUCGAUAGCUGUACGACACGGUCAUAUGGAGGUCGUAAAGGUAUUACUGGCUACGGGUAAUGUUACUUGUGACUCUUACGAUUGUUUUGGGCGCUCUGUGUUCUGGUGGGCUAAAAGGAGUGGGAACACGGACAUUGAGAAAAUAUUGGAUGACUAUUCCAGCAAGCGAGGGGUACCAAUGUAUGGUGAUGAAUAUGUUGAUGUGCGGUCAAUACCCAGUGGAGAUACAUCAAGAUGGUGUGAUGCCUGUACCCUGGAUAUUCCUGAGGGCAACAUCUACUAUCUAUGUGGAAUUUGCAACGGAGGGGAUCUGGAUAUUUGUAUGGAGUGCUAUGAACUUGAGGGACGUUGUUUGCAAGACGGUCAUGACAUGACUCAGAUGAAGGGUGAUUAG